UAGUGUUGCUGAUACACGUCAACCACGAACGAGACAGGAGAAACACACGUGUAUCGUAGUGUCAACAUGGGUAAGAGAAGGCAGAACAAGCAACUUUUCAUAAAUUUAUCCAAAAAACAAAAGAAACACCUGAAGGAAUUUGGGGAGGAGCAUCCAUUCCAUGAUGUAGUCAAUGGAAAACCUGAAAGAACUGAAAUAGUGAAACUGCCAGCAAGCCCUGAACAAUCUGACGCUGAGCCUGAUGAGCUGGAAGAAGAGGGGGAGAAGGAGGAGGAGGAACCCGAACAGAAAACGGCCUACCAGAAACUUCUUUCAACUCUCAGCCAACCUGAUGGCAAUGACCAGAGUGAAGAGGAGGAAAGCACUGAUGAUGAAGAGGAAGAAGAAGAGCUUCUAGGUGAAGAGGACAGUGACGGAGUUGAAGAUGACAGUGGGGAUGGUGAUGAAGAUGAAGGGGGAGAGGAGGAACCUGCAGAUGAAGAUGAAGGUCUGACUGAAGUGGUAGCAGGAGAGGGGGAGGAGGAAAAGCAUAAAGGAGAUGAAGAGUUCGUAGAUAAGGAGCAUGAGUCCCAGUUCUGUCUAGAGACCAACUUCAUGGGUGAAGGAGAACAAGAGGACACUGCAUGCACUGCAGAGCAUGAAGACAGCAAGGACAUGUUUUUACAGCAUUUGGACACGGAGCUUGGGGAAGAGGAUGUGCAGAAGAUAACAUCUGGCAGCAAAGACAAGACUCAGAUCACGUGGCCAAAAUUGGGCAGUCUGCUCUGUACCAAUCCCCUGGAGAAGUUUGGAACCAUUGGCCCUCAGAAAGACACAAACCUCCCAGUUUUCCACAAACUCUUGGAGUCCCGCUGGAAGGAUCUAAACCAGACCUCUGAUCCUAAGGGGGUGGCUGAAGAGAUCAGCCCUCUCCAACUAGAGCUGCUGGCCCUCAUGGGUUCUUACAAGGACCUAUACUACCCAGAGAUGUGUCCCCUGAAUAAGGGCCCUCAGGUGCGCAGUGCAUACUGCGUCCAUGUGCUCAACCACGUACUGAAGGCCAACUCCCAGGUCCUGGCUCACAACGCCCAGCUAAGAGAGCAGAAGACUCAGGCUAAACCUGGAGCUGAGCCAAUGGAUGAACCCAGAGACCAAGGCCUGACUCGGCCCAAGGUCCUGAUUCUCGUGCCAUUCCGAGGCGGAGCUCUGCAAGUCAUCCAGACGUUCAUCAGCCUGCUGGAGACCAAAGGCAAGAAGAUCGUGGUCAGCAACAAGAAGAGGUUCAAGGAGGAGUUUGGAGAAGAGGCGGAUGACCAACCACCCAAUCUGCAGAGACCAGAUGAUUAUCACGCUAUCUUCUCAGGCAACGUUGAUGAUCACUUCAGGAUAGGUAUCUCCAUUGUGAGGAGCAGUAUGCGUCUGUACGCCCCCUUCUACUCGUCAGACAUCAUCAUUGCGUCUCCCCUGGGCCUGCGCACAGUGCUGGGAGUUGAAGGAGAAAGUAAGAGAGACUUUGACUUCCUCUCCUCCAUCGAGCUGUUAGUGGUGGACCAGGCAGAUGUCUUCCUCAUGCAGAACUGGGAACAUGUCCUGCAUGUGAUUAAUCACAUGAACCUGCAGCCGCUGGACUCCCAUGGAGUGGACUUCUCCAGGGUGAGGAUGUGGAACCUGAACAACUGGGCCAGACACUACCGGCAGACGCUGGUGUUCAGCUCCAUCCAGGAGCCACAGAUCAACAACAUCCUUACCAAACACUGUUCCAACUACCGUGGACAGAUUGCCAUUAAGAACAUUCCAAAAACAGGUUCCAUCUGCCAGGUGCUGGUCCAGCUGCCUCAUGUGUUUCAAAUGUUCUCCUCUGACAGCUUCAUGGACCAUGAUGCCAGGUUUCAGUUCUUUGUAGAUAAAGUGCUGCCUCAGUACAGGGACUCAGUUAUGUCCCACACUCUGAUCUACAUCCCCUCUUACUUUGACUAUGUCCGAUUGCGUAACUACAUGAAGAAAGAGGAGAUAAAUUUUGCCAGCAUCUGCGAGUAUUCCAGCAAAUCAGAGGUGUCCCGAGCCAGGCAUUUCUUCCAGAAAGGGGAGAAACAGUUCCUGCUCUUCACUGAACGCUUCUACUUCUACAAGAGGUACACCAUCAAAGGGAUCCGGAACCUGAUAUUUUAUGGAUUGCCCUGCUUCCCCCACUUCUACAGCGAAGUGUGUAACAUGCUGGCAGCGGGGGGCCAGGGGGAAGAGGCCAGCUGGACCUGCACUGCCCUCUACUCCCGCUAUGAUGCCCACAAACUGGCUGCCAUCAGCGGAGCCCAGCGAGCCGGACAGAUGCUGCACUCCAACAAGACUGUUCACCUCUUUAUUACAGGAGGGGAAGAUAAAGCCUCCUGAUGGAGCUGGACAGAAAAAAGAGGGACUACUGGGCUGAAACCAUGGUAGAUAUCUACUGUACAUAUAAAAUCUCAUCAGGAUCUAUGGCAUUACACUAGGAUGACCCUGAAUUGGGUGUUGACUGCAGCCCUGUGAUAUAGGAUUGCAAUGUGACAUGUGAAAUAGCAUAGUACCUGGUUUCUCAUCGGAAAAGUGCGCCCCUGGAAAAGAUAAGAAUUCUUUCCUUUAUGUUUGGACAUUAACUCAAAGAUGCACAAGGAACAAAACAUUUUCAUUGGCUUUGUUUGAUGUCUUGUAGCCAUCCAGAAACAUCAAGCCACAAAGUGACAUGAUCAUAAAACAUUGUUCUGGUUUGUAAAUGAGGUUGUGGAUUAUCACUGUGAGAAGAUGUUGUAAAAACAUCACUCACUGGUUGGAUGUGUGCUUCCAGAUUCAGCAUAUAGUAUAAAUAUUUUGUUAUGAUGAUUUAUAUUGCAAAGGAUCUCAUUCCCUUUAUUUCAUAAGCGUUCCUAUUUGUAGAAAUACCUGUCCUGAAAGUGCUAAAAUGUUCAUAAAGUGCUACAAUAAUGAUAUUAUAUCAGUUUUUAUGGUUCUUAGUAUGGUGGCAUACCCACUAUAAAAUUGUUUGAAAUGAA